UCUCGCUCAUAGUACUCUUCUGACAUGUCUCACUCAUAACAGAUCAACAGAUAUACAAAAAAAAAAGAAAAAAAAAAAAAGGAAGUAGUCCUCUUUUAUUUUUUUAUUUCUUAUCUGUUGAUUAGGGCCGGGAGGAAAGUAUUGUUGGGUUGGUUCCGUACCUGCGUUUUCCCUCCCACCCACCCCUUUGCAUGCAUUUCCGGGUUGGUACAGUGCCACGUCAGCAACAGUGCCGCAUCAGCAGUGCCACGUCAGCAACAGUGCCAUGUCAGCAGUGCACAUCAGCAGUGCCACGUCAGCAACAGUACCACGUCAGCAGUGCCACAUCAGCAAAUAGUGCCACAGUGCCAUGUCAGCAGUGCCCCGCCACCAUGACGGGCUCAGUUCUGGGCAUGCCAGGCCAACUGGCAAAUGAGUCCAUUGCCGAGUACCGACAGCGUUUCGAAACUCAGCUCGCACUAAUCGCGGCUGAGGAACAGCGCCAGCUGGCAGCCGAGGCUAUCCGCCUACAGGCUGAAGCGGCGGCAACAGCUGAGAAGCAGCGGCUUCUGGCCGAAGCAGUCGCAGAUACCCAGGCACGCCACAAGGAAGCCCAGGAUCUGCUACAGCGGCAUGAAGCCACCAGCAUCGAAAAGCUCAAGUUCUGGCACUUUGAACCAUCCGAAGGGCACGACGACGCGACACCGGAAGAGCAGCACAAGGAAUUCAUGGCCAAACUCGUGACCAGGUUGGUUUACACUUGUAACCACCUGCAGUCCGAGCUGGCGAACCUCCAGCGGGCCGUACGGAACCACAAGGCUCAGCACGAGGAUGCAGCACGGACACUUGAUUCCCAUGUACAGGACUUGGAGCAAACUGCACCAAGACCAGAGGCUGGCGAAUCCAGCACUGCACCCUCUGCCCGCCAACUGGAGGAACGAGUUGAUCACGUAGUCGCAAUGCUCGGCGACAUCAGUACCUUCGCUGCACCAGCCACCAUCAGCAAUCAGCUGGACACCUUGAAGACCGAGGUUCAGCAACUGCACCAGCUGCCUAACAAGGAUGGCAACACCGUGCAGCGCUACAAGAUGCCGACAUUCCAAAUCGAGAAGUUCGAUGAUUAUACGCAUCAAGACCCGGUCCUCUGGUGGGAGGGCUUUACAACGCAACUUCGGAUUCUGUUCGUCGCCAAGCACGCAUAUAUCAGCGCGUUGUUCCUCAACUCAAAGGGCGGAUGCCAGAUCUGGUUGAGCCACCUGGCAACCGUCCACGGCGUCGACGUCGCAUAUCUAAAAGAUAAGAUCUCUUGGGAAGAGUUAACACGGCUAUGGACGAAGCGAUUCAUCGUGGACGACGCCCCGGCGCUCGCCAUCAACCACCUCUUCGCUAUGACACAAGGCAACACAUCGACACGGGACUGGCUCACGGAAUGGCAAAAGAUCGCGGCAACGCCCGAUCUUGACUUGCCAUUUUCGCAUCUGCGCCGCGAGUUCUACAACCGGUCAUGUGCCGCCUUGAGCCUUGCACUUGGUGAUUGCGAGCAAUACGCGACCUUCGCCGAAAUCAUCGACACAGCAAGGGAGAUCAUCAAGACCAAUAGGGCAGCUGCACAUGAGAAAUCAGCAUGGCAGCCAACCUAUGUGGAGAAGGUGAAAACUGGUCUGCGGCCGCAGCAUGUCGCUGCAGUCCAAUUGGACAACAUUGUGGAAGACCCGGCAGCCACCCAAGCGUCAUGUGAGGGAGAUCAGGUGGCAGCUGUCCAGCCGCGAAGCAACAACAAGUCCCAAGGGAACGGGAAGGCGAAAACCGCAUCGCCCGCCGGAAACGGACAGCCAGCACCAUGGGUUAAGUUUCACUUGACAGAGGCGGAAUACAAGUGGCGUGGCCGCUACGGCUGCUGCUAUUGGUGCAACAGCACCAAACACAAGACCUCUCAAUGCCCGGAUCAAGGCAAGGAGGAUGUUCGGCCUCCCGGAGUUUGGACGAGCAUGUGGAACACCUGCGCACCGUUUUGGAGCGGCUACGGCAAGCCAAGUACAAAGCCAACCGCGACAAAUAUGAAUUCGCGCGAGGAGCUGGAGUACUUGGGACAUUAUGUGACGCCGCAAGGCAUCCGUCCGCUUGCGGACAAGAUCGAGGCCCUCCGCGUAUGGCCCGAGCCCACCAACACCACGGACGUUCGUUCAUUCAUGGGGUUGGCGGGCUACUAUCAGCGAUUCAUCACCGGGUACUCAAGGAUUGUUGCACCUAUGACGAGAUUACAAUCGCCAAAGGUGCCAUUCGUAUUCGAUGACGACGCAUGCCGGUCAUUCCAGGCACUUAAGACGGCCAUGCUCAUGGCACCCGUCCUUAGCAUCUAUGACCCCACCCUGCCUGGGAGAGUGACAACUGACGCUUCCGGCUAUGGCAUUGGGGCAGUCUUGGAACAACACGACGGCGACGACUGGCACCCUGUGGAGUAUUUCAGCCACAAAGUGCCUCCCAUCAAUUCGCUUGACGAUGCAAGGAAGAAGGAGCUGCUCGUGUUCGUGAUGGCUCUCAAGCGAUGGCGGCACUUCCUCCUUAGGCGUCGUAGGUUCACAUGGGUCACGGACAACAACCCAUUGACCUACUACAAGACACAGGAUACGGUGAGCAGCACGAUCGGACGAUGGAUGUACUUCAUCAACCAAUUUGACUUCACACCGAAACAUCUCCCCGACCUCUCAAAUCGCGCAGCAGAUGCACUCUCGCGAAGACCUGAUCUUUGCGCUAUGACACAUCAUGCCUUCGCAUUCGACGAGGAACUCCAGCAACACUUCAUCCGGGGCUAUGAGUCUAAUCCGGAUUUCGCCACGUUGUAUGCGCAGCUAUCUUCGGAUCACCCGUUGGCCAGCCACUAUCGCAUUGUCGGCGGGUACGUGCUCCUCCACUCGAGAGGCAAGGACUUAUUGUGUGUUCCACGAGACCGUCGUCUUCGGACUCGCCUUGUCGGGGAGUACCAUGACUCACGACUCGCCGGCAAUUUCGGAGUACCCCGCACUAUUGCACGGCUUCGACAACGAUUCCGAUGGCCCGACCUCAUUACCGAUGUCACUCGGUAUUGCGACUCUUGCGAAGUUUGUCGACGAAGCAAGCCCCGCAAUCACAAUUCCUACGGCGAGUUGCGCCCGAUGCCUAUCCCACAGGAACCCGGCCUCUCCAUUGCCAUGGAUGUCACCGGACCAUUUCCCCGCGAUCGCCCCGGGCACGACGGCAUCCUCAUGAUUGUGGACCGUUUGAUUGAGGUGCAGUUGUGCCUCCUUGAGGACCUGCAAAACCUCCUCAAGGUGCUUGACGUGCUCUUCCAUGGACUUGCUGAAAAUCAGGAUGUCAUCGAGGUAAACAACAACAAACCUGUUAAGCUGAUGGCGGAGAACCUUGUCCAUGAGGCACUGAAAUGUGGUUGGUGCAUUCGUAAGACCGAAGGGCAUAACGACGAAUUCGUACAGCCCAUCGCGUGUCUUGAAUGCAGUUUUGUGCUGGUCGCUCAUAUCAACUUCAAUCUGGUGGUAACCAGAUUUGAGGUCGAUCUUGGAGAAGACCUUGCACCCACCUGCAGCAUCUAGCAGAUCAUCUAUGCGAGGCAAAGGAUAAGCAUUCUUUCUGGUGAUCCAAUUGAGGCCACGAUAGUCAAUACACAUC